CUGAUACAGUAAGUAGUUCGUGGUGCGACCAUUAGCUGUGCAACGUCCACUGCAAGCAUUUUAUAUAGUGAGAAAGACACAUGACAGUAGACAAACGAAAGGUCAUGGGGACAAGUCGGGGCCCCAGUGGAUUUAGCCCGGGUUGGGGGAGCGGCUGUCCGCGUCUUUGUCCACGCCCCCUACUUGAUCAACUUGCUGGCCGCGGGGAUUGAGAGGAAACCAGCAGCAGCAUCCGAACUCCAGUCCUGCGGCUCCUCCAUCUGCACAGCGGAGCUGGACGGACCAGCCAGAAUGCGGAGAGCACGGCUUCUAAAACUCCUUUUCGUCUGCGCAUACUGGGUCAACUGGUGCGACUGUGAAGGAUGUGAAUCGUGGGCGUUCAGCUGUGGGAUGGGACGAUGCAUCCCAGAGGAGUGGAAAUGUGACGGGACGUCCGACUGUUCGGACGGCUCAGACGAACAUGGCUGUCCUCUGAUAACGUGCAGCCAAAGUGAAUUCCAGUGUGCGACAAGCGGGGAGUGCAUUCCUGCCAGCUGGGUGUGUGACAAUGACGAAGACUGUGAAGACGCUUCAGAUGAGAGACAACAUUGUGCUGGUUGGACGUGCAGCAGCAGUCAGUUCACCUGUGAUAACGGCCUCUGCAUCCCAGAGAGUUACCACUGUGACCGUUUGUCUGACUGCUCAGAUGGGUCAGAUGAAAGAAACUGUCAUUAUCCUGAGUGCUCACAGCUGAGAUGUGCUAAUGGGGCGUGCUAUAACCGAACACAGCGGUGUGACCAGAUAAUGGACUGCCGUGACGGCUCUGACGAGGCCAACUGCACACAGCAAUGCAACGCAGGUCUCUUCACAUGUCAUAAUGGCCUGUGCAUCCCACACCGCUACGUCUGUGACCACGACGAUGACUGUGGAGACCAGAGCGACGAGCUUAGCUGCUCUUAUCCCCCCUGUAAGGGAAACUACUUCACUUGCCCGAGUGGUCGCUGCAUCCACCCUGUUUGGCUUUGCGAUGGCGAGGAUGACUGUGGCGACAAUACAGACGAGAAAGGCUGUGGAAAUGCACCACGACAGUGUUAUCCUGGAGAAUGGUCAUGCGCGUCCUCUGGUCAGUGUAUUUCAAUGGAUCAGCUUUGUGAUGGGAUUCUUCACUGCCCUGAUGGAGAAGAUGAAAGCAACAUCUCGGCCAGCCGCAACUGCAGCAUCUGGAGGUGUUCUGCUCUGAGCUGUGAGCAUCAGUGCCACCCGUCCCCUGAUGGAGGAACAUGUUUCUGCCCCGCCGGAUAUGUUGUCAAUGCCGAUGACAAUCGCUCAUGUAUUGACUUUGAUGACUGUUCAAUGUGGGGGGUGUGUGACCAGCUAUGUGAGGACCGCAUCGGCUCCCACCACUGCAGUUGCAAUGAGGGCUACGUCCUUGAGCAGCACAGACACUGUCGCGCCAACAUUGCCUCUGGAGCACCUUCCUUGGUGUUUUCCAAUGGGAGAGAUUUGCUUGUCGCUGACAUCCAUGGCCAUAAUCUGCGCACAUUAGUCGAGUCUCAAAACAGAGGGAUUGCCUCUGGAGUGGACUUCCAUUUCAACCUCCAAAAGAUCUUCUGGACAGACACGAUUCAAAAUAAGGUGUUUUCCGUAAACAUGGACGGGACAAAUAUCCAGGUGGUUUUAAAUGUUUCGGUCGACUCCCCUCUGAACGUGGCGGUGGACUGGGUGAACGAUAAACUUUACGUGGUGGAAUCCAGCGUCAACAGGAUCGACAUGGUUGACCUGGACGGGAGCAACCGAGUCACGCUCAUCACAGAAAACCUUGGAAUCCCUCGAGGACUGGCAGUGGACCCCACUGUUGGGUAUAUGUUUUUCUCAGAUUGGGAGGCUUUGAAUGGGCAUCCGAGUCUUGAGCGUGCAUUCAUGGACGGAACCAAUCGCUACGGCAUCAUCAGGACUAAGCUGGGCUGGCCCUCCGGGAUCACAUUAGACAUCGAGGCCAAGCGUGUGUAUUGGGCUGAUAGUCGAUAUGAUUACAUUGAAACGGCAACAUAUGAUGGCCUCCACCGAAAAACAGUCAUCCACGGAGGGGCCGUCAUCCCUAGUCCAUUUGCCAUCAGCCUGUUUGAAAACCAGGUCUAUUUUACCGACUGGACGAAGAUGGCUGUGCUGAGAGCCAACAAGUUCACAGACAGAACAUCUGAAGUUGUGUACUCCUCACCCAAUCGUCCACAAGGUUUGGCUGUGAUUCACUCGCUGAAACAGCCCCAUGUGCCGAAUCCUUGCGCUGAAAACAGAGGUGGAUGUGAGCAGAUCUGUGUGCUGAGUCACAAGACAGACAACGACGGGCUGGGUUACCGAUGCAAGUGCCGUCUUGGCUUCGACCUGCAUGUAGACGGCAAGCAAUGUUUGGCUGUGAGGCAGUUCCUACUGUUCUCCAGCCAGCUGGCUGUCCGAGGGAUCCCCCUCAACAUCUCCUCUCAAGAGGACAUCAUGCUGCCCAUCACUGGAGCUCCAUCCUACUUUGUCGGACUGGACUUUAGUGCUGCUGAUGACGCUAUCUUCUUCUCCGACACUGCCAAAGAUAUUAUCUACAUGCAGAAAGUGGAUGGGACUGGCAGGGAGGUGCUGGCAGCCAAUAGAGUGGAGGGAGUGGAUGACCUGGCUUACGACUGGAUUUCCAAAAACCUCUACUGGACUGACCCCCGAUACCGGAGCAUAUCAGUCAUGAAGUUAUCUGAUAAGUCUCGGAGGGCUAUCGUGCAGAACCUCAACAACCCCAGAGCCAUUGUGGUGAAUCCUAUUGUUGGUUAUAUUUUUUGGACCGACUGGUACCGCCCUGCCAAGAUAAUGCGAGCCUGGGGGGACGGGUCGCACGCCAGGCCGAUUGUUAACACCACUCUGGGGUGGCCAAACGGUCUGGCUAUCGACUGGAGCUCGAUGCGCCUUUACUGGGUCGACGCUUACUUUGACAAGAUCGAGCACAGCGGUUUUGAUGGAAAGAACAGGGUGACCUUGGACCGCAUUGACCAAAUCUCUCGUCCAUUCGGGCUUACCAUAUUUGAAGGCUACGCAUAUUUCACCGACUGGCGCCUGGGUGGAAUUGCACGAGUGCGAAAGACUGACGGUGGGGAGUUUACUUUCAUCCGGAGAGGAAUCAGCCACAUCAUGCAUGUGAAGACGUUCAACACCCACACUCAGAUCGGUUCAAACUUCUGCAGCAGGCCCACAAAUCCUAACGGAGACUGCAGCCACUUCUGCUUCCCUGCUCCGGACUCGCAGAGAGUGUGUGGUUGUCCGUAUGGCAUGAAGCUGGCGCCCAACCAGCAGACGUGCGUGGAGGACCCUUUCAAUGAGCCCCCUAUGCUGCAGUGUGGCGCCAACUCCUUCUCCUGUGGCAACGGCAAAUGUGUACCAAGCAGCUACAAAUGCGAUGGUGUUGACGACUGCCAUGACAACAGUGAUGAAGACAACUGUGGCACUAACAACAGCACCUGUUCCCCUUUUGCAUUCACAUGUGCCAAUCAGCAGUGCGUGCCAGCGUCAUGGCGCUGUGAUGGGCACAAUGACUGUCUUGACAACACUGAUGAAAGUAACUGCCCGACCCGGCUGCCUGCGACAUGUGCACCGCACCAGUUCACAUGCGCCAACCACCACUGCAUCCCCAACACCUGGCGCUGUGACACAGAUAACGAUUGUGGAGACGGCUCGGAUGAAGAGGACUGUCAUCAAGGUCAAGCAUGCCAACCAGGCCAGUUCCAGUGCCCUGACCACCGCUGCAUUGAUGCUACAUUUGUUUGUGACGGGGACAGAAACUGUGUGGACGGAGCGGAUGAGCAAGGAUGCAUCUACAACUGCAGUGCUACUGAGUUUAAGUGCACCAGCGGCCACCAUUGUAUCAACGGCUUCUACCGAUGUGACGGAGUCUUCGAUUGCCUUGACAGGUCCGAUGAGCAAGGCUGCCCCACAAGGCCGCCAGGAAUGUGCCAUCACGAGUCCGAGUUCCAGUGCCAGUCUGAUGGAAGCUGCAUCCCUUCCACCUGGGAGUGCGACGGCCACCCUGACUGCGAGGACGGCAGCGACGAACACAACUCCUGCGCACCUCGCACGUGCCCCUCCAGCCUCUUCCGCUGUGACAACGGCAACUGCGUGGUUAGGAGCUGGCUUUGUGACGGGGACAACGACUGCAGGGAUAUGAGCGACGAAAGAGACUGCCCACCUCCCCCCUUCCGCUGCCCAAGCUGGCAGUGGCAGUGCCCCGGCCACAGCGUGUGUGUCAACAUCUCAAACGUGUGCGACAAUACGCCCGACUGCCCGAAUGGCGCGGAUGAGUCUCCAGUCUGCAAUGAGCCUCUGCCAGAUCAGGAGACUUGCCUGGACAACAAUGCAGGCUGCACACAUGGCUGUAUUCAAGGGCCUUUCGGGGCUCAGUGUACUUGCCCUGUGGGUUAUCAGCUGAGCAAUGAUUCCAAAACCUGUGUGGACAUCGAUGAGUGUGACCCCCCUGGUCUGUGCAGCCAGCACUGCUUUAAUGAGCGCGGCUCCUUCCGCUGCCACUGCCAGGACGGUUACACUCUGGAAGAAGAUCAGCGAACAUGCAAGGCCUCAGCUUCCCGAGAUGCCGCUUUGCUAGUGGCCAGUCGAAAUCAGAUUGUGAAAGAUGACAUCACCAUCCAACCCAAUGCUGUGCACUCGCUGGUUCGGGAUGGACACAACAUCAUUGCCCUAGAUUUUGACUCAGUCACAAACCGUGUGUACUGGUCCGACACAAGCCAGGAUCGAAUUUGGAGCGCCAACAUGAAUGGCAGUGACAGGAGUGUGAUAUUUGACAGUGGCGUGACCGUCACUGAGAGCCUGGCUGUUGACUGGGUGGGCAGGAAUUUGUACUGGUGCGACUUUGUUCUGGAGACAAUUGAAGUGUCCAAACUGGACGGAAGUCAUCGCACAGUGUUGCUCAGUCAAAAUGUCACCAAUCCCCGAGGCCUGGUUCUGGACCCAAGAGACAGCGCUCAUCUGAUGUUUUGGACUGACUGGGGGAAAAACCCUCGCAUUGAGAGGGCCAGCAUGGACGGAAAAUUCAGGACUGUCAUUAUCAGUCAAAAACUGUACUGGCCCAACGGUUUAACGAUAGAUUACCCAAAUAAUUUGUUGUACUUUGCUGACGCCUACUUGGAUUUCAUCGACUAUUGUGAUUACAACGGCAACAACAGACAUCAAGUCCUGGCGAGUGACCUGGUACUGCAACAUCCUCAUGCCAUCACCAUCUUUGAGGAUUUCGUGUAUUGGACCGACCGAUAUAUCAACCGUGUGAUGAGAGCUCACAAGUGGCAUGGAGAGAACCAGACAGUGAUGUUGUUCAACCUGCCUCAGCCCAUGGGCCUCGUGGCGGUGCAUCCAGCAAGACAACCUGCAGGUGUAAAUCAUUGUGCCCAGAGCCAGUGUUCUCAUAUCUGCCUGCUCUCAGCUGAGGGACCAAGGUACUAUUCAUGUGCUUGUCCCUCUGGCUGGAUGCUGGCUGAAGACCAAACUACCUGCAGCAGAGUGGAAGAGCCAUUCUUAGUGGUUGUUAGAGACAGCGUCAUCUAUGGAAUAUCCUUGAACCCAGAAGACAAGACAAAUGACGCCAUGGUUCCGGUUGCUGGGCUUCAGAACGGCUACGAUGUCGACUUUGAUGACACUGACCAAUACAUCUACUGGGUGGAGCAUCCAGGAGAGAUCCACAGGGUGAGGUCGGAUGGAACCAACAGAACAGAGUUUGCACCUGCAGCCGUCCUGGGAUCUCCUGUUGGUCUGGCUUUGGACUGGAUCACAGAAAACCUCUACUACACCAAUCCAUCGACACAGUCAAUUGAGGUUUUGAAGUUGAGAGGAGAGGCACAAUACCGGAAAACUCUAAUCACGAAUAAUGGCUCUCCAACUGGUGCUGGCAGUCCAGUUGGCAUCGCCGUGGACCCAGCACGUGGGAAACUUUACUGGACUGACCAAGGAACAGAGAGUGGCAUUCCUGCCAAAGUGGCGUCUGCUGACAUGGACGGCUUGAACCCCGUCACCCUCUUCACCAAUAACCUGGAUCAUAUCGAGUUUCUGACUGUGGACAUUCAGGAGAACAAGUUGUACUGGGCUGUGACCAGCACUGGCAAGAUUGAGCGUGGGGAUACCGAUGGGACGAAUCGCAUCACCAUCGUGACUGGUCUCUCUCACCCCUGGGGUGUGGCCGUCUAUCAGAACUACCUCUAUUUCAGCGACCGUGACUUUGAGGUCAUAGAGCGUGUGGACAAGUCCACUGGUGGCAACAGAGCUGUCCUGCGAGACAACAUAUCUGGUCUCAGAGUUCUGAAGGUUCAUCAUAGAGACACCUCUGCUGGCACCGCAAACGGAUGCUCAAACAACAUGGGUGUGUGUGAGCAACUGUGUCUACCUAGACCGAGGAGUUUGUUCACUUGCGGGUGCGCUACUGGUUUCCAACUCAAUACUGACAACAGAACCUGCGUCCCCUACCAUUCCUAUGUGGUCAUCUCCACGCUAUCUGCCAUUAAGGGCUUCAGUCUUGAAGGUGCUGACCAUUCAGAGGCUAUGGUGCCGGUGGCAGGAAGAGGCAGAAAUGCCCUGCACAUCGAUGUGCAUAUGGCUUCUGGUUUUAUCUACUGGUGUGACUUCAGCAGCUCCGCUGCAGGCCAGAAUGGCAUCAGACGUAUCCGGCCAGAUGGCUCUGGAUUUCAAAGUGUAGUUACAUCUGGAAUUGGACGCAACGGGAUCCGGGGCAUUGCCAUGGACUGGGCUGCAGGAAACCUGUAUUUCACAAAUGCCUUCUUCACGGAGACCUACGUGGAAGUUGUCCGCCUGAACACAACCUAUCGCAGAGUUAUUUUGAAGACCCAGGUUGACAUGCCGAGACACAUCGUGGUAGAUCCCAGGAAUCGUUACCUGUUCUGGGCCGACUACGGUCAGAACCCUAAAAUAGAGCGAGCCUUCUUGGAUGGGACCAACCGCACCGUUUUGGUGUCAUCGGGAAUUAUCACACCACGAGGCCUAGCACUGGACUGGCAAACUGGCUAUGUGUACUGGGUGGACGACUCCUUGGAUAUGAUCGCCCGCAUCAACCCACAAGGAGGAGAGGCAGAGGUUGUCCGAUAUGGCAGUCGCUAUCCGACACCUUAUGGGAUCACAGUCUUUGAAAAUAGCAUCAUAUGGGUGGACAGAAACUUAAAGAAGGUCUUCCAAGCUAGCAAGGAGCCCGGCAGCUCAGAGCAGCCGGCUGUCAUCCGAGACAACAUCAACAUGCUGCGAGACAUCACCAUCUUUGACCAGCACACUCAACCCACCUCAGCUCAGGAGCUGAACUUCAACCCCUGCAUGGAAGCUAACGGUGGCUGUGAGCACUUCUGCUUUGCUCUUCCAGAGGCUGCUUCUGGAAACCUAAACAUGAAGUGUGGCUGUGCUUUUGGAAAUCUUGCUGCUGAUAACAAAAGCUGCGUGGUGUCUAAAGACAAUUACCUCAUCUACACCACUGAGAGCACAGUUCGCAGCCUGAGGUUGGACCCGGAAGAUCACGCGCUGCCGUUCCCCGUUGUCAACGUGCCGCGAACUUCAGUUGCCCUGGAUUUUGACCACUCAGACAGUCGGAUCUAUUUCACCCAAAGCUCCGGUGCAGGUGCAAGCAAGAUCAGCUUCAUCAGUCUGCUCUCUCCAACGUCUCCUCCAGUUGAGGUGGCUUCAGAUUUGGGGGCUCCUGAUGGCAUUGCCUACGACUGGAUUAAUAAAAGAAUUUACUACAGUGACUACGUGAACCAGAGCAUCAGCUCCAUGUCUGUGGACGGCUCUCACAAGACUGAAGUUGCUCAUGUGUCCAGGCCGAGGGCGAUCAUGUUGGACCCGUGCAGAGGGUACAUGUACUGGACAGACUGGGGAACCCACGCAAAGAUCGAACGUGCCACUUUAAGCGGAAACUUCAGAACCGACAUCGUGAACAGCAGUCUGGUGUGGCCCAAUGGACUGACCCUGGACUACGAGGAGGCAAGGCUGUAUUGGGCUGAUGCAAGCUUACAGAAGAUCGAGCGUUCCUCUCUCAGCGGCUCCAACCGAGAAGUCAUUGUUAGCACGGCCAUCUACCCCUUUGCCAUGAGUAUGUUUGGACAGUUCAUUUAUUGGACCGACUGGAACACGCGCAGCAUUUACAGGGCCAACAAGCACGAUGGCGCUGAUCAAAAGGUCAUGAUUCAGAACCUUCCAUCCCGGCCCAUGGACAUCCAUGUGUUGGCCGGCAGGAAGCAACAGCAAUGUGACAGCCCCUGCCAGCAGUUUAAUGGAGGCUGCAGCCACAUCUGCACACCAGGUCCCAAUGGAGCAGAGUGUGGCUGUCCGUCCGAGGGCCGCUGGUAUCUGGCUGACAACAAACACUGCAUUCAAGAUAACGGGAAUCGCUGCCAACCCGGCCAGUUUACCUGCAUGAACGGCCGCUGUAUCCGGGCCCAGUGGAAAUGCGAUAAUGACAACGACUGCGGUGACGGCAGUGAUGAAUUGGAGAGAGUCUGUGGACCCAAGACUGCUUUCGAAUAUGUUGUCCCACAAGUGAUGUCAGCAUUUAUAGCUUUGUCAGCCUUCCACACUUGUGAGCCAACCGUCUUCACCUGUGGGAAUGGCAAAUGCGUGCCCUACCACUACCGCUGCGACCACUACGAUGACUGUGGGGACAACAGCGAUGAGGCUGGUUGUCUGUUCAGACCAUGUGACCCAGGCACAGAGUUCGCUUGCAACAAUGGCCGCUGCAUUGCUAAAGAGUAUCUCUGUGACGGGAUCAACAACUGCUUUGACAAUGGCACUUCAGACGAGCAAAAUUGCCCUGAGAGAACCUGCCAGCCGGAGCACACAAAGUGCCAGUCGACCAACAUUUGUAUCCCGCGUUCUUAUCUGUGUGAUGGAGACAAUGACUGCGGAGACAUGAGCGAUGAGAGUCCAACUCACUGUGCGGUGUCCACUUGUUCCCCUAAUGAGUUCCGCUGCUCCAGCGGUCGCUGCAUCCCGGCACACUGGUACUGUGACGGAGGGGCCGACUGUGCCAACGGUUCUGAUGAGCCCGCGUCCUGCACCACUCUGCUCAGAACUUGCAACACAGAUCAGUUCCGCUGCGAUGACGGCAGGUGUAUCUUCUCAUCCUGGAUCUGUGAUGGAGACAACGACUGUGGCGACAUGAGUGAUGAAGACCAGCGACACAACUGUGCCAAUCGCACAUGCUCGAGCUCAGAGUUCACAUGUGUGAACAACCAGCCGCCCCAGCGUAAAUGCAUUCCCCGUGACUGGCUGUGCGACGGUGACGCAGACUGCGCCGAUGCUCUGGAUGAGCACCAGAACUGCACGCAGAGGUCCUGCGGUGUCAAUGAAUUCACCUGUGGAAAUGGCCUUUGUGUACGCAGCACCUACAGGUGCGAUCGCCGCAACGACUGUGGGGACAGCAGCGACGAACAAGGCUGCACCUACGAGCCGUGCCAGCAGCACCAGUUCACCUGCCAGAACGGCCGCUGUGUGUCUCAUGCCUUUGUCUGUGACGGAGACAACGACUGCGGUGAUGAAUCCGAUGAGCUGCAGCAAAUGUGUCACACACCAGCGCCCACCUGUCCCCCCGGACAGUUCCAGUGCGACAACGGUCACUGCAUCUCCCUCAGCUUGGUGUGCGACCGAAACGACGACUGCUCUGACAGCAGUGAUGAGAAAGGAUGUGGUAUCAACGAGUGCACGGACCCCACUAUCCGCCACUGUGAUCACAGCUGCACUGACACUCCCACCAGUUUCAUCUGCACCUGUCGCUCCGGAUACCACCUGAUGUCCGACAGGAAGUCAUGCGACGACAUCAACGAGUGCACAGAGACGCCCGGUGUGUGCAGCCAGUUGUGUGAGAACACGCUGGGAUCCUACAUCUGCAAGUGUGCACCCGGGUACCUGCGGGAGCCAGAUGGACGCAGCUGCCGUCAGAACAGCAACAUCCAACCGUACCUGAUCUUCAGCAACCGUUAUUAUCUGAGGAAUCUGUCCAUAGACGGACAGGACUACUCUCUCAUCCUGCAGGGCCUGACCAGUGUGGUGGCCUUGGACUUUGACCGUGUCGAAAAGCGCUUUUAUUGGAUCGAUGUCAGCCGCAGAGUGAUCGAGAGAAUGUUCUUCAACGGCAGCGGCAGGGAGGUGUUGGUCAGCGGGGUUCUGCACGGGGAAGGUCUUGCUGUUGACUGGGUGGCGCGGAAACUCUACUGGGUUGAUAGUUUCCUGGACUGUCUGAAGGUGUCUGAACUGGACGGACGCUUUGUGAGAAAGCUGGCGGAACACUGCGUGGAUGACAACAACACGUACUGCUUUGAAAAUCCCAGGGCCAUCGUGCUGCAUCCUAAAUACGGCUAUGUGUACUGGACUGACUGGGGUGAGAAAGCUUUCAUUGGUCGGCUCGGGAUGGAUGGAUCGAACAAAACUGCCGUCAUCACUAGCAAGCUGGCGUGGCCCAAUGGCAUCACGAUCGACUACACAAACGAUAUGCUGUACUGGUCCGAUGCUCAUCUCAACUACAUUGAGUUCUCUGACCUCGAUGGUCAACACAGACACACUGUCUAUGAUGGAAACUUGCCUCACCCCUUCGCCAUCACCGUGUUCGAAGACACUGUCUACUGGACCGACUGGAACACACGCACCGUCGAGAUGGGCAACAAAUACGACGGGUCGGGCCGGCAGGUUCUUGUCAACACCACCCACCGACCAUUCGACAUCCACGUGUGCCACCCGUACCGGCAGCCCAUAGUCACUAAUCCCUGUGCGGUCAACAAUGGAGGAUGUUCUCACCUGUGCCUCAUUAGUCACGGAGGCCGAGAACACCGCUGCGAGUGUCCGGAUCACUUCCAGACUCUCCAGAUCGGAGGUGCGACCAGAUGCCUGCCCAUGUGCACCAGCACCCAAUACAGAUGUGCUAAUAACGAACGAUGUAUCCCCAUCUGGUGGAAGUGCGACGGCCAGAGCGACUGCAGGGACGGUUCCGAUGAGCCGCCGACCUGCCCCGUGCACCACUGCAGACUGGGCCAGUUCCAGUGCAGCGAUGGAAACUGCACACGUCCACAAUUUCUGUGCAACAGCAACCCCGACUGCCCCGACGGCUCGGAUGAAGACCCCGUGCUCUGUGCCACACACCAGUGCGAAACCCACCAGUGGCAGUGCUCAAACAAGCGAUGCAUUCCCGAGUCGUGGCAGUGUGACGGCGAGGACGACUGCGGCGACCAGUCUGAUGAAGACCCGUCGCACUGCGCCACCAGAACCUGUCCGCCCCGACAAUUCAAGUGUCGCAAUGGACGCUGCAUCCCUGAGAGCUGGAAAUGUGACCUGGAUGAUGACUGUGGAGACUAUUCUGAUGAACCCUUAGAGGAGUGCAUGGGACCCGCCUAUCGUUGUGACAACCACACGGAGUUCAGCUGCAGGACCAACUACAGAUGUGUGCCCAUGUGGCUCGUGUGCAACGGCAACAACGACUGUAGAGACAACAGCGACGAACAGGGUUGUGAGGACCUGACCUGUCAUCCUGUCGGCGACUUCCAGUGUGACAACCAUCGUUGCAUCCCACUCAGGUGGAAAUGUGACGGAGACAACGACUGCGGGGACAACUCAGAUGAACGAAGUUGCACACCACGUGCGUGCACGGAGAGCGAGUUUCGUUGCAGUAAUCUGCGGUGCAUUCCCGACCGUUGGGUCUGUGACCAUGACAACGACUGUGAGGACAACUCAGAUGAAAGGGACUGUGAGCUACGCACUUGUCAUCCUGGUUAUUUCCAGUGUGGCAGUGGACACUGUGUUGCGGAACGCUUCAAAUGCGAUGGCAAUGCCGACUGCUUGGACUUCACUGACGAGACAACGUGCCCUCCUCGCUUUUCAAAUGGCACCUACUGCCCACCAUCUCAGUUCGAGUGCACGAAUCACAUGUGCAUUCAGCCCAAUUGGAAAUGCGAUGGCGACAACGACUGCGGAGACAAUUCGGAUGAGGAGCUUCGGCAUUGCCUGGAUAUCCAGUGUGAGAGUCCAUUCCGGUUUCGCUGUGAUAAUAACCGCUGCGUUUACAGUCACGAGCUGUGUAAUUCUGUCGACGACUGUGGCGACGGCUCUGACGAGAGACCAGAGAACUGCCAAAGUCCCACUCAUGGCCCGUGCACUGACCAAGAGUACAAGUGUGGGAACAGUCAGUGCAUCCCACUGGAGUACGCCUGUGAUGACUACGACGACUGUGGGGACCAGACAGAUGAGCUUGGCUGCCACCAGCGCAGCAGCCACACCUGCAGCGACAAGAUCUGCGAGCACAACUGCACUGACCUGACGGACGGCGGCUUCCUCUGCUCCUGCAUGUCCGGCUUCAAGCCCAAAUCCACAGAGAAGCACAGUUGUGAAGAUAUAAAUGAGUGCGAGGUGUUUGGGAUCUGCCCACAGCAGUGUAAGAACACAAAGGGAAGCUACGAGUGUUUCUGCGCCGAGGGGUUCGUCUCGUACGGAGAACCGCAUGGCACGGAGUGUGCAGCCCAAGGAAACCCUCCAGUGCUGCUGCUGCCAGAUAACGUCCGCAUCCGCCGGUUCAACCUCUCAUCAGAGGAAUAUUCUGAUUACGUGGAUAAUGCUGAGCACAUCCAAGCUUUGGACUACCUGUGGGAUCCCGACAGAGACGGCCUCAGUAUUGUUUACUGGACCGUCCUGGGUCGGGGCUCGCACUUUGGGUCCAUCAAACGGGCUUAUAUGACUACUUUCAAUGAUCAUGGAAACAACCCAGUGAAGGAUGUUGACCUGAACCUGAGAUACAUUUCCAACCCGGAGGGAAUCGCUGUGGACUGGGUCGGCGGGCACAUUUACUGGACCGAUUCUGGCACCAAUCGGAUUGAAGUAGCCAAACUGGACGGGCGGUACCGGAAGUGGUUGAUCCACAGCGACCUGGAACAACCAGCCGCUAUUGUUGUCAACCCUGCUCUUGGGAUGCUUUACUGGACCGACUGGGGCCGCACUCCUAAAAUAGAGUCGGCAUGGAUGGACGGCCAACACAGACAGUUGCUGGUCGACGACCAGGACCUCGGCUGGCCCACUGGACUGGCCCUCGACUACAUGAAUGGAAACAGGAUCUACUGGUGCGACUCCAAAGAAAACAUCAUAGAAUCCAUAAAGCCCGAUGGCACCGACCGGAAGGUCAUCAUAUCAGGAGAUAUUGGGAAUCCCUACAGCCUGGAUCUGUUCGAGGGACACGUGUACUGGACCACUAAAGAGAGAGGAGAAGUGUGGAGGACCAACAAGUUUGGAAGCGGAAGUAAAACCAAAGUUCUGACCAUCAACCCCUGGCUGACCCAAGUCCGGAUCUACCAGGAACACCGCCAUAACCAAUCAGUGCCAAACCCAUGCAAGAGCAUGUGCAGUCACCUGUGUCUCCUGCGGCCGGCCGGAUACACCUGCGCUUGUCCACAGGGCUCUGCUCCUCUGGACUUCGACUCCACUCAGUGCGAUGCAGCCAUCGAACCUCCUGUCCCGAUGCCUGUUGCAUGCAGAUGCAUGAACGGUGGAACCUGCUACACCGAUGAAGGUGGUUUGCCCAAGUGCAAGUGUCCAUAUGGCUACAUGGGUCGGUUCUGUGAAAUUGGAAGUUCAAAGAGAGUUCCACCAGGCACCGCUGUUGCCGUUCUACUGGCAGUCAUCAUUGUCCUGAUCACCGGAGCCCUGGCCGCCGGGCUUUUCCUUAACUACAGACGAACUGGGUCCCUCAUCCCGUCGAUGCCAAAGCUGCCCAGCCUCAGCAGUUUGGUCAAGUCCAGCGACACAGGCAACGGUGUGAUGUUCCACUCGGGUGACGAUGUGGACCUGGGUCCGUCACGUCUCGGCGUGUCAUUCAUUGACACGACGGUGCAGAUGGGCGACAAUUAUGCCUUACAAGUGGGGAGGAAGCCUGUCACGUUUGAGAACCCGCUGUACGCCUCCGCUGAAGGAGCUCCCGGCGACCCUGCUGUCAUCCAUGCCACACAGGUGACGGUCAACAUGGGCGGUGAGCAGCUCCAGAACAACUUUGAGAACCCGGUGUACCGAGCAGACCAGCCAGCAGGUGUGGUCAACACCACGUCUGCGGUCAGUGCGCCUGUGGAGGAGUCAAAGUGGGGCUUCUUUAAGCGGAAGCUGAAGCCGAGCACAACCUUUGAAAACCCUUCAUAUUCAGAGAUGAAGGAUGAGAGGCCAGCGGGACACCACCCCGUCUCCAAACCCUCUAAAAAGGAGCGGCCCAGCGCCUUCUCGCCCACAGAGGACUCCUUCAAGGACACGGCCAGCCUGGUCCGAGAGGACAGCGAUGUAUAACCCUCUGACACCGAGGGGAAUCCAGCGAAAACACACUUUGCACAGAAUUUAUUUUUUUAUGCAGACUGUGUAGAACUAUCUAAUCCAGACACACAUUUAUGAAGAGAUACGCCUCUCGCGUGACUUUGCCUUCCACAUUUCUUACGCCAUUUCUUCUUGUUUUUCUCUAUUCUAAUGUACAAAAUGUAAAUCUUUGCACAGACGCUGCUGAUAGACAUGUGGAUAAAUGUGUUAUAUAUUUGUAAAUUUGGACAGAUUUUGUCAGAAGUACCUUCACAGUUACGCAGACGAAGUUUCCACAGCAAAAUUGGAGAUGUUGUCGGUUCAUGCUUAUAUACCUCAACACUUUCAGGGCUGGCAAAUUCAAAUUCUACUAUUCAACAGAGGCGAGGGAACUGAGCCUGGGCUUGUGCUUUUAGUCCAUAUUUGCGCACAAAUGGAAAAUAUGAAAAGUGCCUAUCGUUGAGCAUCGACAUCUUGAAAACGUGAACCCAUCCUCUCAUCUCACCUCUACACACCCUCCUUGUUUGGCUCUUUAGUGGACAGACAGUCAUUUUACAAGGAAGGGCAAUCAGACCUACUGUUUUAUCUUUGAUCAAAAUCUGCGGCUGCGGAGGCAGAUUUUCAUAUUUCCAUCAGGAAUGUGAUCGGUGGAUCCUUCAUAAAGGUCAUUUACCAUAGCAACAUUUAAGUCUGUGUUUUAGCAAUGUAAGAGUUCCAGGGAUUUUCUCACAUAUUUUGACUAAAACUUUGGCUGAUGAUACGGUUCCCUCGCCUCAAACACCCCAGACAGGAAGUAGCAAAGUGUGCAAAAUCAACACGAUGAUCCCGACUUCCAAUCAACACGAUCCUUCUCCAUGAUUUGCGAGGGACUUGCUUAACAAUGGCCACGUUUUGGGCCAAUACUUGAAUGUGAAAAUUAAUUUAUGUAAUGAAGUACAAGACACUUCACCCACAGAUCAGACUUUUUUUAUAUAUAAAAAAGAACUCACUAAUGAUUUUCUAUUUUUUAUCAUAAGAGCAAAUAUAUUGUGAUCAUUCCGAAUGAUGUUUAUGUGGUUUUAAAUUGCUGCUGCUGCUGAGACAUGAAUGAAUAAA